AUGCAUCGACUUUUCGGCUCCAACAAGAAGACACCAAAACCGACUCUCACAGAUGCCAUCACGGCUACCGAUAUGCGAGUCGACGCCGUCGAGGUCAAGAUCCGCAAACUGGACGCAGAGCUAAUCAAAUACAAGGACCAAAUGAAGAAGAUGCGCGACGGACCAGCAAAGAACUCGGUGAAGACAAAGGCGAUGAGGAUCUUGAAGGAGAGAAAGCUGUACGAGAGUCAACGGGAGCAGCUGCAACAGCAGUCAUUCAACAUGGAGCAGGCAGCGUUUACGACAGAGAACCUGAAGAACGUCAUGACAACUGUCGAUGCCAUGAAGACGGCCAACCAGACGAUGAAGCAGCAAUACAAGAAAGUCAACCUCGACAAGAUUGAGCAAAUGCAAGACGAGAUGGAGGAUAUCAUGGACCAGGCAAACGAGAUUCAGGAGACGCUAGGCCGGUCGUAUGGAGUACCUGACGAUAUCGACGAGGACGAACUUGAGGCAGAAUUGGACGCUCUGGGUGACGAAAUGUUUGAUGAGGAGGAGCCUUCGUACUUGGAGGACGAGACCCUCGACCUUCCCACUGCAGAGACAACGGAACCCCAGGCUGAGCGCUUGGACGAGUUUGGACUGCCAGAGGGUCCUCUCAAGGCGUAG